AUGGACCUGGACUCAGAGCCAAGAAGUUUGAGGAUUUUUACAAAUGGCCAAGCAGAGAAAGCGGUCCAGACAAUCAAGAACUUCCUGAAGAAAGUCCCUGAGCCAGAAUGGGAAGAUAGACUGGAUAGUUUCCUGCUCGGUCACAACUCCACGCCCAGUGAGAAGUAUGGAGUGUCCCCUGCUGAGUUCAAUCUGGGCCGAAAACCUCUCACUCUCCUGGACAAACUCCGUCCUGAUGCUGCUGCCCUGAAACGAGAGUCCAACAGAGAUAGAAAGAUGAUCGAGGCUUUGCAGGCAAAACCUCUCAAACCACUCCAGCAGGAGCAACCAGUUGUAAUUAGGAGCUACAGAAACCCAAAACAGAAAUGGGAGCCUGGCAUUGUCCGUCAAGAGUUAGGGCCAAGACGAGUUUUGGUUGACACGCCCAUGGGCUUGGCUGAAAGACAUACUGAUCAGGUGAAAAGGAUUGUCAACAACAACCCUCCUGGCUCACUUGUUCUAAACCCAGGACCAGAUCCACCUGAUGAGAUCCCAGAGGACCAGCCACCAGCAGAGGAACCUCCUGUGGUGCUUGAACCAGAACCACCGCAGCCCUUGCCUCCGGAGUCACCUCUGAAGCCGCCUCCGAGCCCUUUGAGGUCGCCUCUGAGGCCCCUGCCAGUCUUGAAGGCAAAGUCUCCAGAUCCACCAGUGUCGGUGACACCAAGUCGUCCAAGACGAGAACAAAAAUUGCCAGCUUAUCUGAAGGACUUUGUCAUGACCAAGAAGAAGUGA